ACGCAUCGUCAGUCGGGCACGCAGAACCGUACGGUGAGGAGUGAGUCAGAGCGCGAACGAAUGACAGUCUGUAGUAACGAUAGAGAGAGAAAAAUAAAGGAAAAUUAUUGUAAAACAACGUGAUCGUUCGGUCUGCAGUGCGAGUGUGAGUGUGUGCGUAUGUAUUGUGUUUGUUUUGGGUUUCGUGAACGGUGGAUCCGUGAUUGAAAAAUAUAGAAAAACCUCGCGAUGGUUUUCCUCUGAAUGAGGAGAAAUAGCGCGAGUGUUGAGAGAGGAUUAAGAGUGCGCGGGUAAGAACACAAAAAACACGUGAAAAUAUGCCCGGUGACGUUUGUCGCAAGUACGACAAGGAUUUUGGCAAGUGCAGUGCCACGGUGCGGUGGAAAUAUUUUAUCACCCUUUCCUUAUUGUGGAUCGCUGCGGUACCCCAUGUACAAGGCCAAGGCCCUUCGGAAGAAUUCAGCUCGCACACCGUCGUCAGACCGAAAGUUUAUCAUGCGAGAAGCAAACGAGCGAUUUUCAACACGAAGGAAAACGAUGAUCCCCGGCACACGGACAUGCUGACGGUGGGCUUCGAGGUCGACGGAGUCGAGAGGACCUUGGACCUUCGACUCAACACCGAUCUCAUACCCGUCAACUACAAACAACGCCACCAGCACCAGGGCGGAUACAUCACCGAAACGCCCCAGAGCGUCGAAUUGUGUCAUUAUCAAGGCAGCGUUCGCGGAAUACCGGAUUCGUGGGUAGCGGUUUCAACGUGCAAGGGCCUCAAGGGUGUUGUCUUCGAUGGCCGAGAACUUCAUCACAUACAGCCUGACAAGGAGUCUCUCGAUGACAUUCAUUACGUUUAUAAACAGAGCGAUCUUAUCACAAACAACACGUGUGGAUACGAGGGAACUCCUCAUCAGGUCAUCGAACCUUUUCUCGAACCGAGGGCUCACAGAACUUCUCGAUACAAGAGGGCAGCCGACACCGUGAUACGAGGACCGUACAACGCGAACCGUCAGUCCCGCUACGUCGAGCUCGUGUUGGUCAUAGACAAGAAAGAAUACGUGGCGCUCGGCGAGAAUCUCGACAAGGUUCACCACCACUGCAAGGACAUAGCGAACAUAAUCAAUGCUCUUUAUACUCCACUCAAUAUUUUCGUGGCUCUUGUGGGAGUCGAAGUUUGGACGGAUUCGGACGAAAUGACUUUAUCCCCAAAAGGGGAUACGACGCUGAGAAAUUUUCUAAACUAUCGUCGUGAAAUGCUCGUCAAAGAAAUUCCGAACGAUAAUGCCCAAUUGCUGACAAAAGUACAUUUUGAGGAUGGCGUGGUCGGUAAAGCGCUCAAGGGACCGAUUUGUACGUAUGAAUUUUCCGGCGGUGUAUCGAUGGAUCAUUCGAAUGUAAUUGGACUCGUGGCGGCCACAAUGGCCCACGAAAUGGGUCACAAUUUCGGCAUGGAACAUGACUCCGCUGAUUGCACGUGCCCUGAAGACCGGUGUAUAAUGGCUCCCUCGAGUGGUUCAACCGGUCCGGUACAUUGGUCGUCGUGUUCCCUCGAGUAUCUAGCUCGAGCUUUCGAGCACGGUAUGGACUAUUGUCUUCGUAACAAGCCGCAAAAACUCUUCGACAGUCCGAUAUGCGGCAACGGGUUCGUCGAGCCCGGGGAACAGUGUGACUGUGGUCUCAAAGAGAAUUGUGACAAUCCGUGCUGCAACGCAACCACGUGCAUGUUGCACACGAACGCGAGUUGCGCGACCGGCGAGUGUUGCGAUUUGAGAACUUGUCGACCAAAAAAUGCCGGAACGGAGUGCCGCUCGGCCGAGCACGAGUGCGAUUUGCCCGAAUAUUGUACCGGUCAGAGCGAGUAUUGUCCCGGUGACGUUUUUAAAAUUGACGGCGAAACUUGCAACAUGGGCAAAGCUUUUUGCUAUCAAGGCUCGUGCCGCACUCACAACGAUCAGUGCAAAUUGCUCUGGGGCCCAACCGGCUCGUCUUCCGAUGUACAGUGUUACGACAUGAAUAACAACGGCUCCAAAUUCGGUAAUUGCGGAUAUAACAGACUCGAGGAAAGCUUCGUCAAAUGUCACAACGAAAAUAUUCUCUGCGGUAUGCUCCAUUGCAAGCACUUGAACGAGCGACUGGAAUUCGGUAUGGAAACCGUGGCGAUACUGAGUCAAUCGUUCAUCAACAACGGCGGCAAAAUCAUAGCGUGUCGUUCGGCGAUGGUCGACCUCGGACUGAAUCAAGUCGAUCCGGGAUUGGCCCCGGAUGGCGCCAAGUGCGCACCGGGCAAAAUGUGUGUCAACCAAAAGUGCAUGCCCAUCGCUGAUCUUAGGAAAUCCAUCACUGGCCGCACCGGAUGUCCCAAUGAUUGCGGGGGCAACGGUGUUUGCAAUAGCCUUGGUCACUGCCACUGUAAUCGUGGCUUCCAUCCACCAGACUGUGUUCAACCGGGUUUCGGCGGAUCCGAUGAUAGCGGACCUGCCGAAGAUCCUAACGCGAGGAACGACUUCAUAACUGCACUGUACAUAAUAUUCUUAGGCGUGAUACCGAUGAUGGCCUUGAUAUCACUGGGUGUUUGGUACGCGAAGAACAAUUCGAGUCGUCACUGGAAGAAGGAAGCGAUAUCAACGAAAGAUCGUGGGAACAGCGGUUUCGCGAUAAAAACGAUCGAUCGUCCGAUGCCGCGGAGCAUAGACACGAUUGAUUCGACAUUGAGCCAGGAUCCGGCGUGUGCGAGUUUGUUGCCGAAGAAGGAGCCCGACGAGCGCUUCAACAAUAAUUUAUUCGGCCAGUUCAAGGGCUUCACGUUGUCAGCGUUACCGAGCGCGACGAACAAAAUUGCGGAACCAACGAAGCCGGCUCCGCCACCACCGAACUUGCCAACGGUUGCUAUCAAGACGAAUAUCAGGUCUCAACAACGCAGCAACACGAUGGGACUACAAAAUGCAUUUAUGAACGAUUCAGCACCGUUGAAUCAUCACAUUCAUCAGCAUCAGCAGCACCAAUACAUGAACAAAGAUCCAGCACCGGCAUUGCCACCAUUGAACCCGGGGUGCACGGCUCGUCCUCUUAUCAGUAGCCCGGUUCUCGCAGCCACAACCUGCACGUCGAUGGAACUUCUAGCAGCCAAAAUGCCGACGAGGCCAGCACCCGAUAUCCCCGUGAGACCGAGCCCCGAGUCUACCGUUGCUUCCACAGGCGUUCAAAAACCACCGAGACCCAAUAGCACGCCACUUGUCAACGUCGUAAUAACAGAACUGGAUAAUAAACCGCAAAUACCACAAGAAAAACAAACCACGAGUACUCUCAAUCGAAUUGCCUCGAUGCUGAAACCCGCGGUUGGCAUAAUACGCUCAAAUUCUCAACCGCAAAGUAUUAAGGAAGACAAAAAUACGAAUUCUCUUCCGAGAAGCCAGCAUCAAAAAGCUAUCAAGGUCAUCGACAAAGAGAUCCUGAGGAAUUUGGAGAUAUCCCAUCCGAUACCCCAAAAAAACAUAGAAAUACCAAGCUCCGUUAUAUCCGUUAUUGCCAACGAGACAAAUGCCGAUAAAAGACCGGUCGUUAUGCGAGCACAGAGCAUGAGGGAUCCAAAAGUGAGCACAAGGCCAGCCAUCCACACGUUUGGAUCGAUGAGACAAGCUAAUCCUAGCAAACGUCCUACGAGUAUUCCCGCCAGUGCGAGACCGACUUCACCGCCUCCAGUCCCACCGACGUCGAGCAACAAUAGCGACAAGAGCUCCGAGAGCCUCAAUAAAAUUCCUGGCUUACCUGGCUAUCAAAAUCCACCAGUCAAAAUCGUUGCAAAACCUACUGACGACGCGUACGACGAUUGCAUGAAUCUCGUCGCCGAAACAGCUCUGACUAAGAUCAUGGAAGAAUCGCCAUCCAACGACAAUAUUUAUGCGGUGAUCGAAGAAUCGAUACCGGAGAAAAUGAGAAAAAAAACAGAACCGAGAACUCCGGGACCGAUGAGUGAGUACAAAGCACCAAAACCCAUCGAUAAACCGAGCGACCAAACAGCUCCUCCCAACUCCGAUGGGAUGGGUCUCCUCUCGGAAAUAGUUUCAGAAAUAUCAAAUAGAAACUUUGAUUCUAUAUACUCUACGUCAACGCUCGCGAGAAAGAAAAAAGAGAAGGAAGAAGCCGAGAAGAAUCUCAACAACCUCGGCUCGAACAGCUCGAUAAACACUUACGCAAAUUCGAGCAACCACUACAAGUCCCCUGGCAGCGUUUACUCCAAUUCUGUUGCCGGUAAAUUCAAUUCAGCGAGUUCAACGACGAGCUCAGGGUAUUUGAAUCCCUCGUCUCUCAACGUGCCGGAGCGAGCGAAUGAAAAUUCAGGAAAUAUCGAAGGCAGUCCAACGAAAAAAAUUGACGAGAAUAAAUUGGCGUCGUUGCAUUCGAACAACCCCAAUGUCAACGACGCAAUGUCAAAAGCGUUGGGAAUGAAGCCGCCCGAAAGUAUCGCGCCUUCAAAACCUCCUACGAAUAUCCUCGAGAGAUCAGUUUCGACGGUGAACUCUAAGAAGAACGAGGAUAAAAAAGAAGAGAAACUGAAAUCCACUUCAAACCGAACGAAAACACCAGCGAACAUCGGUAAAACGACAAGUCUCAUGACGAAGCAGAGCAGUGAUUCAGACGCUAAACUAACGAGACAGAGCUCUGACACUGUUUCAAAAUUAUUAACGAAGCAAAACGUCGAAGCUUCUGCUAACGUUAAACCCUCUUCGAGGCAAGGCUCUGACUCGAGUCUUAAAACGAGUCGUCAGGGCUCGGACACUAGCCUAAAAUCUUCGAGCAACAAAGUUUCAAGUCCCACAAGGUCAAACGGUAGUUCAAACAAAUCGAGCAGCAAUUCGGAGAAGAGAGAUUCGAUCAGCAGUUUGAACAGCGUGGCGUCCAAAAAUAGUUUGUCAUCGGCGAUCACGAGCAAGGAUAAUCCUGGCAAAAUAAACAACAUUCCUGAUCUCAAUGCGAGUUGCUCAGCUGCAAAUCCUAAUGCUUCGAAAAUUUUACCCGAUGUCACAUUCGGCAGUAAUAUGAAGAAUAAUGCAGCGAAAAUAACACAAAAAGCAACAUCAACGACGACGCGACUCCCAAACAAAACGCCUUCGAUGCCACCGAAACCCGGAAGCAUAUUAACCAAGGCAGCUACUUUCGCAGAGCGAAAAAAAUCUCCCACCACUCCCACGAGCCCGAACACUGCUCUGACCAAAUCUCUCUCGCUCGCGGCCAAAGAUUCCAUCGCCAAAUCACUCGUCCUUCAAAUCAAUAAAACAGCUCCCCAAAAAUCCGAUGGUAAAACAAACGAGACGCGAACGAAUCCUGUGCAGAAAGCGGCGGGCAGCAAAUCCAACGUCGCUUCGCUCCAACAGAAGUUCGAAACCAAUAAAAUCUCGAACCCCGGGAGAACCGUAUCGGCGGUCAAUAAAAAAUUGAAUUUCGGUAAAACGGAAAAUACGAACUCGAACAACGCGACGAACAAGUGAAUCAUUUAAAAACAGCCGUUUGAACACGUCUGUUGAAAAAAUUCUAGUCCAGCUGUUGGAAAACUGGGACGAUGCACCGAGUCUCGUUUCAAAGUUUUUUCGAAUAGUUUGCAGAGUAUAAAAAAACAAACGUAAUCGAUUCAUUCGAUUUUGACAAAGGUAUUUUAUUGACUGGCUGCGCGGAUAUUGCUGAGCAAUGCGAAGGAUUACCCGACGAACACAGACGUUCGUCUAAAUACUAUUUUUUGUAGGCACAGCACUGAAAAGUCGUCCAAAUAGUGGAGAAUUUUGAGAUAAGCAGUAAUUUGCUUGAAACAGUGUCAUAAUCACUGUUGUUGUUUUGUAAUGCCAUAAGAACACGUUCUAUAAUCGGAUAGGAAGCAACAAGUCGAUCACUUGGUGGAAAAAAAGAAAAAGCAAACAUUCACAGAUAAGAUUUUUCUAAAUGUUCGAUCAGGAAAUAAUAGUACGUUGUAUAAUUUCAAAAAUGAAUACGUUCGAAAAACGUCCAAUGACUUGUGACAGAUGCCUAAAGGAUCUUGACCGAGUCUCGCAGCUACGCCACGAGGAGCUCUCAUCGAGUUCUUCGGACAUUGUAAAUAAUAAAUAACUAAAAAAAUAUGUAUAAACAUUAAUAUAUCAAGAAGGAGAGGAUGAAAAUGAAGAAGAACGAGAACAAAAAUAGCAAUUGUCGCCACGUAGCAUUCGAAAAUGAAACAAAAAUUCCGCUAUACGAUAUAUCGAUAAAUCCAUUUUGACAUCGCUGAUAAAAGCUUGACGCGAGAGACGGACGAUGGCUAUAAUUGAGAAUCUAUUAAAGUAGCAUAUUUUAUUUUUUCCAAAUCUUGGACCGACAAUGGCUGGACGAGAUUAAUCAUUGAAUUCUGUGAUAUUCCCAGACUGUAACAAGGCAUAUUUACCUGUAAAUAUAACAAACAUAUACAACGAACGAUUUAACAGUUUCGCGUUGAAAAAUGUAUAUGGCCCUGCAGCUAAAUGGAAACAAAAAAUAAGGAAAAUACCAAAUGGAUUCGAUAUUACAAAGUAUAGAGAAAUAAAAGAAAGAAAAAAUGUUGCUUUUCCGUUUCGUAAUGACAACAUAUUUUCCGGUGUAUGUCCGUUACAGGUAUUAUACUCACGCCAUAAAGAACUGUUUCGAAGCAUUUACCUUUGCGAUAUAUUUAUCAAUGACUCGUGGUCGCACAUUGAAGCUUAUCAAAGUCCUACGAUUUCUUUUUCUUUUUUUUUUGUUUUUUUUUCACAAUUUUUAGUUUUAUCGAUUUAGUAAUUCGUAUAUUUAUUUGACUGAUAUCAUUGUAAAUAUGUUGAUACGACGAUUAUUCAUAAGGAUAUGAAGGACAAGAUAAAUUAAAGAGAAGAAAAAAUAAUAAUGAAAAAUUUUAUACCAUUUACCCCCAUUGCGCUUGUAAAUUCGAAUAAUUUCAUUUUUCGUGCUAUCGAUUACGACAAAUGCGUACUCUGCUUUGUCAUCAGAUACUUUCAAAAGCUACCAUGCGUUUCGAUUUCACAAAAGCUUACUUCGAGAUUCGAUAUACCAAGAUUUUGAUGAUGCAACAGGUCGCACAAGAGUUCUUUUUAGAUUAGAUUUUUUGAUAAAAUAUUUGAAAAAAGUAAAAAAAAAAAAAGAAAAAGAAAACUGACAAGAAAUUCAGUCAUUACCAGUGGCAUUUAAAGUUCUAUUUGUCGACCUGUUCCUCACAAAUCUUCAUAAAUAUUAUUGUAAUAUUGUUAACAUUAUUGCUAUGAUAAUUGGAAGAUCGAUGACAAGUUGAAGUCACUCGAUACCAAUUUCGACGACACACGCGGCUCUGGUAUUAGUGAUAUUCGAGGCAAAUUUGUAAAACAAUUUUUGCAAACUCUUGCAAAUUGUUCAAACUCGCAUAUAGUUAUCGAUGAAAAACCAAAGAUAUAUAAUCUUCUGUACAGUUUCAAAGACACUCUCAAAAAUACACACACACACACACAUACACACCUUCACACAUAGCCAUGUUCACCAAAUGUACGAGUAAAGAGAAUGGAAUGUGCUAAACAACAGAGAAACAAAUGUACGUUGUUGGAAACAGCAUGGGACAAACAAACUUCAAUAAAUCCUGUGGAAAAUA